CAAUGGGAGAGCAACGAAUAGACGUUUAUGUCAUGUGUGAGUUUCUGUGCAUACGUGUGUGUAUGUGCAUGGUAAUGCAAAGGUGAAUGCAUGUGGAGUCUUUCACUGCGAGCUUUUGCAUCUGCUCUGUGACGAAGGGGAGGGGGACGUCACACAAAGAAAGAGCCAAUCAGACAUUAGCUGUUUGGAUUUAUGCCAGGGUUUUUAGGCUUGUAAGACUUUAGUACAAGUGGCAAAAGCCAGUUUAAAAAAAAAAAAAAAAGAGUCAGCUGAGACGAGAUGCCCUAUACACCGUCUGGCUUUUUCUGUGACCGGUUGAUCCGGGAACGAGAGAGGAGAGACGGGGAAGGGUCUCUGAACAAGCCCCUCCGCUUCAACGGCCAGGACUUCAGCUCCCUGAGACAGGAGUGUCUCCAGAGGAAGAGCCUGUUCGAGGAUGAAUCUUUCCCGGCCACCGUGGAGUCUUUGGGCUUCAAGGAGCUCGGACACAAGUCCAACAAGGUCAAGAACAUCGUCUGGAAGAGGCCCAAGGAAAUCUGUGAGAAUCCUCAGUUCAUUGUUGGAGGAGCCAGUAGGACAGACAUCUGCCAGGGAGACCUCGGUGACUGCUGGUUGCUGGCCGCCAUCGCCUGUCUGACCUUGAAUGAGAAGCUUCUGUACCGUGUGGUUCCCCAGGAGCAGAGCUUCUCUGAGGGCUAUGGAGGCAUCUUCCACUUCCAGUUCUGGCGUUACGGCGACUGGGUCGAUGUCGUCAUUGACGACCGCAUCCCAACCUUCAACAACCAGCUGGUCUUCACCAAGUCUGCCGAGAGGAACGAGUUCUGGAGCGCCCUGCUGGAGAAGGCCUACGCCAAGCUGCACGGCUCCUACGAGGCCCUGAAGGGUGGAAACACCACCGAGGCCAUGGAGGAUUUCACCGGUGGAGUCACUGAGUUCUACGAGAUGAAGGAAGCUCCAAAAGAGCUCUACAAGAUCAUGAAGAAAGCUCUGGAGAGAGGCUCCCUCAUGGGCUGCUCCAUCGAUUCCCUGGUUCCUGCUCGCUUUGAGACUCGUACUGUGACGGGACUCGUGAAGGGUCACGCCUACUCUGUGACGGCUGUGGAGGAGUGCAAAUCGUCUCAGCACAAGGAGUCUAAGGUUCGUCUGGUGCGUCUCAGGAACCCGUGGGGUCAAGUGGAGUGGAACGGUCCCUGGAGUGACAACUCCAAGGAGUGGGUCACUCUGUCUAAGGCUGAAAAAGAGAAGCUGCAGCACCAGAGUGCCGAGGAUGGAGAGUUCUGGAUGUCAUUCGAGGACUUCAAGAAGAACUACACUAAGAUCGAGAUCUGUAACCUCACCCCUGACGCCCUGGAGGACGAUAAGAUUCACAAGUGGACGGUUUCUGUGAACGAGGGUCGCUGGGUGAGAGGCUGCUCCGCUGGUGGCUGCAGGAACUACCCAGACACUUUCUGGACCAACCCUCAGUACCGCCUUCGUCUGCUGGAGGAGGACGACGACCCCGAGGACAAUGAAGUGGGCUGCACCUUCGUGGUGGCUCUGAUGCAGAAGAACAGGCGGAAAGAGCGCAAGAUGGGAGCCAACCUCUUCACCAUCGGAUUCGCCAUUUAUGAGGUGCCAAAGGAGAUGCACGGGAACAAGCAGCACAUGCAGAAGGACUUCUUCCUGUUCAACUCCUCCAAAGCCCGCUGCAAGUCCUACAUCAACCUGCGCGAGGUGACCCAGCGUUUCCGCCUGACCCCCGGGGAGUACGUCAUCGUCCCCUCCACAUACGAGCCGCACCAGGAGGGAGAGUUCAUCCUGCGAGUCUUCUCUGAAAAGAAGAACACCUCAGAGGAGAUAGAGAACAGGAUCGAGGCCGAUCAUCCAGUGCCGGCGCCGGCCUCAGCGGGGGAAGAGAGCGAGGAGGACCAGCAGUUCAGAACUAUUUUUCAGGAGAUAGCCGGUGAUGACAUGGAAAUCACAGCCAACGAACUGAAGAACGUUCUCAACAGAGUGAUCACCAAACACAAGGACCUGAACACAGAGGGCUUCAGCCUGGAGAGCUGCAGGAGCAUGAUUGCUCUGAUGGACAUGGACGGGACAGGUAGACUCAACCUUCAGGAGUUCAGACAUCUGUGGAAUAAGAUCAAGCAGUGGCAGGGAAUCUUUAAGCACUAUAACGCUGAUCAGACCGGCAGCAUCAACAGUUACGAGAUGAGGAAUGCUGUCAAUGACGCAGGCUUCCGUCUCAACAACCAGCUGUACGACAUCAUCACCAUGCGCUACGCAAACGAGAACAUGAACAUCGACUUCGACAGCUUCAUCAGCUGUCUGGUCCGGCUCGAAGCCAUGUUCAGGGCGUUCCAGGCCUUCGAUCAGGAUGGAGAUGGUACGAUCAGACUCAGUGUCCUGGAGUGGCUCCAGUUGACCAUGUACGCCUAGACAGGCCCAUCUUCCUCCAGGUGAGCUCCACUCCACACGAGGACCAGACCUGCCAGCCUUUACCUCAAUAUUCAGUGUGCCCGAUCGUCGUUAGCUCUCAUCCACCUCACCUCCAGCCUCCCCUCCCUCCUCAGCUCUGCUCUUUCUACUCUGAGAUGUUCAACAUGCUUCUUCAACUUCAUCUUUUCUUCCUCUUUCUGGGUCUCAGGCUUUCUGCAUUUCUUUCUCUGCUCUCGUCUUUUCAUUAUCAUCGAAAUAUCAGUCUCUCCUUUCAGCCAUUAGCCUGUUUUUUUUUUUUGUUUUUUUUUUUUUCUUCCAAAGUCACUUGUCCCGUACUUUUUCUCAGGCAUCAAACACACACAACCUCUUUUUUUCUGUCACAAUACCUCACAGAGCUCCUUCUACAGUACCACCCUCCCACGUCAUCUUCUUCUACUGUUAUCACACUGAGCAGCAAGGCCGUUCUUCCUGUAUUCACCCCAGUGAACUGGGCUCUCUGGUGGACAGUGAAUAAACUUGUGAAUCACUCCUUCACCUGUUAUAUUUCUGAUACCCCCCCCACCCCCACCCCCACCCCACCCAGUUUCUUUCCAGGCACCACCCUGUUUUUAAUCACUUAUUUUUGUCAAUAAAACUCCUGCUGGACUUUUUGUGGACCUCAACAAUCAGUCACACUUCACCCUCCCUGGUGACUGUGCUGGGUACGAGCCAUCUAGCGCUCCCUGGUGGACAAACUCAGGCUUCUCCACGACGACUGUCCCGUCUUUCAGCUCUUCAUGUGGAUGGAGGAGAUUCAAGAACAAAACUGAGGAGCCGACGAGUUUUUACUUUAACGCCGACGUUCAAGGUUAUAAAAUAUAUGGAUUUGAAAGAAUAUGGCUAAUGGGUUGGACUGCAGCUUUUUGUGAUUUUUUUCCUACUAAGGCUUUGGUCAAUGAGUGUACUGCAUUUUUAACCAUUUUAACCAAAUAAAUAAAUAAAUGUGUA